CCAUUACCAUUUCUGCUUGUUCCAGAUAUUUAAUAAUUCUAUGACAAAAAAAAAAAAAACAGUUAAUUUAUACAUCAAAGAAAAAAUGGUGUAAAAAAUAGGUGUUAUUGCUCCAAGAUGCUGGACCACUAUCUGUUUGAAGGUUUUAUUCUCUAGGUUUCUUUUGGAUCUCAUCUCAUUUGUGAUUUAAUGCAACAAGUUCACCCCCAGAGGAUAUUGUCCAAGGGAAUUCUGGGAAAUGCAGGAGAGAGACCAAGUGAAAUUCUGCACCUUUUCCUCAAAUUCCCUAUUGAAGAAAUUAUUUGUUGUCCUUUUCUUGUUAUAGUUGGCUUCUUUAUAGUGUUUGAAUUCCUCCAAGUUUUUCUUUUUUCAUUUUAAUCCCCACAGACAAACAACAUAGGGAAACAAAUACAGGAGGGACAAGCAUGAAACAGUCCAGACCCAUGGCCUGCGACCCACUAAACAUCCCUAUUAAUGCUGUUUUUCCACUGCAUUGCACCGCCUUGGCUUGGCUCAACUGAACUCUUCUCUCUUUCCUGGGUUUUGUUUUGCAGUCCAGAUAGUACCCCCUAAUGUAAAGGCCCAUACGUCGCUGGUGGGUAUGUUGACUAGUUUUUCCUCCUUUCUCUCCCAGCCCCCCACACAGUGUUUUAUUUUCCAAAAAUUAACAACAACAACUUGAAAUGGCUGAUUCAUAUGAACAAAAGUAGUGUAACUUCUGUCAACUUUGGCAGGCUGCAGCCUGAACAAAAGUGUCACAGCUGUGCUGUACUGUGCACGUAUCCUGCUAAACGCAAUCAGUGCAUCCUUGAGAAAGUCAUUGAGUGACCAUGAUUUGCCACGUACAGACCACGAUGGCAUAACUGCAUGCACUGGGAAAAAAUAUUUAUUAGAGGAAAAUAAUCAUGUUAGCGUUUUAGUCAUUGCCUAUAAUUUCUGUUUAGCAUAUUCUCAAAGCAUAUGGUUCAUGCUAAAUCUUCAUGAAACAGCUGUUAGCAUAAGAUACAACUGAACAAACUGAUGAGGUUUACACUUUGGCCUUACUUGUGCGUGUUUGCAUGUUGCAUGUGCAAAGUGUGAACUCCUGUGUUCUCAUUGUGGUAAAAGUGAUGAGUUUCCACUGGAGCCGAUAUGUGCUACUUUCACAUUCUUUCCUUGGUUGAUGAAAUACAAACAAAUAAAUAAAUGAAAAAGCAAAAAACACCUGUCACAUUUGCAAAUAUUACCUCACAGACACUGACAGUGUUAAUGAGUAGGCUUUUGGAAACAUGUUUGCUUUUCAGGUAAGCAGUAAAUGUAACACCACAUCACCAUAUAUUGAGAACAAAUAGAUAAACCACAAACAAGUAUUGCUAAUUGCAGGAAUGCACCAACAACCCAUCAGCCUGUCCAUAGAAACCAUGACCUAUUAAUCUCUAUCCCCUCAAUAAAGCCACACAAGGGCUAGUAUGUUUUUUGUGACAACAGACAUGAGGUGAGUCAUUUCAAAAGACUUCCUGCAGUGAAAAGGUGUGACAGUUUGAUCUCCCUUCAGCUUCUGCGGUGGGCGUUGGGGGGUACAAACGGUAGCAGCACGAGCCGUGCUUGUCAGAUCACUCAGCUUUGACGCCCAAAAAGCAUCAUGAUCCAGUUUUGCAUUAUAUUUCUCUUCCAGCUGUUCUGCCUCACCGGAGCUACUGAGAGCGGGAUAGUGGGCGGUAAGACUGCCAAGCCUCAUUCCAGACCCUACAUGGUGUCUCUUCAGGUCCAAGGACAUCACAGAUGUGGGGGGAUUCUCAUUCGGAAUGACUUUGUUCUAACUUCAGCACAUUGCAAAACGGAACAGGAUCUGACGGUGGUACUUGGAGCACAUAACAUUAAAAAGCAGGAGAAAAGUCAGCAACGGAUCCCAGUGGAAAAGUACCAUCAGCACCCCAAAUACAAGGGCCAGUUCCUUUAUGACAUAAUGCUGCUGAAGUUAAAGACCAAUGCCACACUGAAUAAGUAUGUGAAGACUGUUGGACUACCAAAAAAAAAUGGGAAAAUCCCAGCCAACAUCAAGUGCUACGCUGCCGGCUGGGGACAAACUGGACCAAACAAGCCUGGCUCUGAUGUUCUGAAGGAGGUGAUGGUGAAGCUGCAGUUCGACCAGGAGUGCUCGCAUAAGUGGCAAAACUACUUUUCUAGUGACCAAAUGAUGUGCGUCCACUCUGACAAAAGGAAGGAGGGGAUUUGCCAGGGUGACUCCGGUGGACCGCUUUUGUGCCGCAAGAUGCCUCAGGGUAUAUCAGCUUAUACUAAAGCUAGUGGCUGUGAUGAUACCAAGUACCCACAUGUCUUCAUGAAAAUCAAUUUCUUUAGCCAAUGGAUUAAGAACGUGAUGCAAGGAUAGGGCAUCUAUUUUAUACUCCAGGAAUACAGCAACAGCUAACAAAUUGCUUUAAUUUGGGGAAAAUUUCAGCUUUAAAUGUAAGUCUUUAAAUGUAAAAAAAAAAAAAAAAAAAAAA